GCGUUACGACUCUGCCGGAAAUGAAGCGCAGAAGAAGAAAGUAGCUCAGGAAAAAAACUCUAGUACUAUCGCCUCGUCAGAUGAUUAGCUAAUAGUAAAAACACUGUAAAACGGCCGACUAUUCACCUCAAGAUUCAGCAUCGAGAAGUGGUGUAAGUUGUCGAUAAUGUAUAGGAACUCGUUGUUUACACUUUGAGGCCUUUAUCACAGCGCUGAUAAUGCUGAAAAUGAAGCUACCGAUGAAAACGGGCGAGGAAGGAGGCGAGGAAACGGCCGAGGACGGUUCAUUGGAUCCGUCUGAGCAGCGACAUAUUCCCAGGGCUGUGCCUCUCUCACCGGGGUCCGACGGACUAGAGGAGUCGCCCAGAUCUUGUGUGCAUCCAUCCAAGCUGGACAAGGAGACUGUAUUCGAGUGGUUCGGCCUACAUCUGAACCCUGCUAAGAGGAUCGAGUUUAUGUGCGGGCUGCUUCAUAUGUGCCAACCCCUGGAGCUUCGCUUUCUGGGAUCUUACCUCGAGGAUCUCGCUCGGAAAGACUAUCACGUUUUAAGGGACUUUGAGUUCCGGGCGAACAGUCCGAAUGAUUUGGGAGUUUUAACGGACGUGAUUGAUCCUGUGGUCAGGUCCAAACUGCUCGUCUGCCUUUCCCUCCUCGGGUCUGACAGCAGGGAAUGUGCUGGAAUACUCUUUCGGAUACUGAACCAUGUUGACCCGGGCUUGUUCUUCAAAACCUAUGACUACUCCCUCCCUCCGUUCAGGGACCCUCACCACCACCACUCUUUCCACGCACCGAGUCAGGACGGGGAUGUGUACGGACGCUCAGAGCAGACCUGCGGCUUCUCUAACACCGACUCAGCGGCAGGACCUCUGGAGCAGUUGGCGCUGCUGUUCACCAUGGCCUCUCUACACCCCGCUUUCCAUUUCCACCAACGGGAACGGGUCCGAGAGCAUCUGGACAAGAUAGAACUAGCUAUAGCCGAGGAGAGACGGCAGAAUCAGCUUAGAAUAAACGCCCAGACAACGGUAAUCUUUCUAUUUCGCUGCUAUGAUACCCUUAAACUUGUGUUCCCUGAAACUCUAGGGGUACAGAAAGGGAUUCAAUUCUAAACCAAAGUUAGCUUGAGUUUUAUUUUAGUCAAUGGAAGUAGAAAACAUGUAAAUAUAAUCAGAGGUGUGUCCUGUGGGAUGGCCAGGGGUGCCGUAGACCCUUCUUGAAAUCUGAUUGGCCUUCGCAGGUGCCACCCCAAAAUUCUAAACUGUGAUUGGUUGUAUGUAGCUUAAGAGGCGGGACUUGUGUUGAAAUGAGCAGUUUAAAAAGCCGCUCUACAGGCCUUUGGUAGUUUAUUGUGAUACAAAGAUGUCACGUUGUUGUUGUGAUGAUAGUCUACUCAUUUGGAAAAAUAACAGAUACAUAAGAGAGGUGUGUGAAAUGAGAAUCAGUCCACCAAAUACUGCAAGUAGGCUGUCUCAACUGUUCAAAACAAAGUUACAUCACCAAAAAUACUCACUGUACUUAAAGUAAUCUUAGGGCGUGUUCACACCAUCCUUGGUGCGAUUUGUUUGGGUCGGUGUGAACGCUGACCUCGAACUCUGGUGAGGACGAAAUAAAGAAACUCUGGUCCGCCUAAAGAGGUGGUCUUGGACCGCUAUCAAGUGAACUCUGGAGCGGUUCACUUCUGGUGUGAAUGUCAUCCACACCAAUCACAGGAAUGCACCUAGGCUAGGCUAUUUGUAAUGCUGAUUGUAAAAUAAAUGUUGUUCGCUCACUUCACCUGUCCCGAUUGACACCAGAGAGAAAAUGCAUCGUGGUAGGCAAACCGGACCACUUAAACAAUCAAAACAAAUGUAUCGUCUUGCCUUGGAUUCGAAUCAGGAAAUGGACCUUUAGGUGUGAACAUGACCUUAAGGUCCUUUCACACCAGGACCGUUUUUUUUCGUGCGAUUAUUUCGGACGUCAACAUUUUUUUGCGAACCCGUAUCCUGUCAGUACAAGCGUUCACAUCAUCAACGUUUUCAUGUCCUGCAAUGUUUCAUGUGCUUAUCACCUCUGAUUGGCCUUAAGUGCUGACCAUUAAGCUUGAGCUUGUGAUGACGAUUUCCAGCUUUUUUAGCCAAUCAGAGGCAAAGGACUUUCCCCAGGAAAAGUCUUCCCCGCAAUGCGUCUUUUCCCCCUCCGAAUAUUUCGUAAUUUGGCGUACUAUAUUCGUGUCGGCCCCAGUGUGUAAGGACCUGUAAUUGUAAUCAUCUAUUUUCAAAUCCUUAGAUAACAAAGCUAAGAUGAUUUAAUUCUUCCUCCCUUUUUUACUUUUUAAAUGCAUGCUUGAAACAUUUGUUUAAGGCUUAUUUGUUUGUAAUGAACAUAAGUGUGAUGAUUCAGUUUGGCCAGCCUGACCAAUGGCAUCUUUAAAUAGUUGGCAUCAUUGGCUUGUGAGGUCAAUAAAUAAAAUGAUCCAGUUAUGUCAGCAGAUCCUUCAGGCAGCUUUAAUGUUGCUGCAGACAGCAACUUCAACAUUAUCGUAAAUGAUAACACAUUUAUGACAUCAGAUCAAGUUUAUCCAGUGUCUGUUUAAAACAUCUGCAUGCUUUUAUGCAAACUGAUGAAUAGAUCCAUUUUCAACUAUUACCUUUUCUAUGUAUAAAAGUUCAUUUAUGAUAAGAGUGUAGGUAGCAUCUGUCUAAUAUAACCGGUAGAGUUCGGCUACUUUAAUCAACUGUAAAAAACUUAAAUUUGUUACCUUUGCCUGACACAUACACCUUAACUUUAUGAAGAAUAAGUCUGGAUGAGAGCAGACACUUUUCAGACUCUGACCAACUACACAAAGUGAAAUUUUCUUCAAAGUAGAAUAAGUAAUACUAUAAUCACCAGCUUGUUUAGCCAGCAUGCUGAUCCAGAAUCUACAUGUAAUCAUUAUGGUCCAGUUUAUCACUUAUUAUUAUCAGCUGUUGUAAUUAGUCUCUGAUGAUUAAAUGCAGCUGUUGACCAUUGACUUUUCUUAUAUUUCUGCAAGGUGGUAGAAGGUGACUGCUAUAAGAAAGCAUAUUGACAGUUUUUGUCAGAAAACACUAGUUACACAAGUAGAGGACAGACCAGCAAAGAUGUAAGAGAUACUGCUUUGUCCAAAGUGAGAACCAAAACCAGUAAAUGCAUUAAGAGCUUUCAGGUAACCAGAUAAAAAAGUUGAGAUCUUGAUUUUAAAGAGAUAAGAUCAGCCUGUUAUUAUGGUGAAAUAGGGCAAAUAAAAAUGUAGAUUUUACGUCUACUUAGGGCUUCUGUAAGAUACCUCUUUUUAGUCUUUCGCUCUAGUUCUAUUUAAUGACUGGAUUGUAUCUUGUGUGGUUUGGUACUGGCAACAGUUUAUAUUUUUUUCAAUUCUUAAUUUGGUGUGAAAGUAAUUUCAGAACUUAACCUGCUAGAUACUGCAAGGUUACUGUAUUAAUCCACGUAAGGAGCCAAACUCUGAACAAUAUUGAGUUAAUGUUGAGAUUAUCCAAAGGAUGAAACAUCAGACUUUAUUGCAAAGAUAGACUGAUUAAUGGCGCAGAUGAAUUGAGUUUUGACAUAAUCUGCAUCAUAUCAGCAUCAGCCCUAUGUGUAGUACAUUUGGAUUAAAUAUUCACAAAAUUUUAGCUUUUUUUCCCUUCUAAUUAGUACUAUAAAAUAGUUAUAUUUUGUCCAAUUCAAAGUUUAAAGAAAUCAACAAAAAAAACUUCACAAUGCGGUAGCUGCGUUAUACAUCGGCCAUCAGCUGACCUGCUCUAUUAAAACUGGUAUCGGCUACUGAGAAACUGUAAUCGGUUAACCUCUGCUGGUAAUACUGUACCCAGAAUUUAGCUAAGCUAUUUAAUCAUUUUAACUCCAAACAGACCACAUGUUUUUAUUUGAUGAGGUAUGCAUUGAUGAUCAGUAAUUUUGAGAGAAGCUUCAGCACCUGUUACCUUUAGGGUAGGGUUAGGAUAAAACUGUUAUUAGUUGUAAUGCAAUACCAGCGCCAGACAGCAUCUGUAGCAUACGAAGAAGCUGUUUAGAAACAAAACAAAACGAAAGCAUAAGUUUCAGCCACCAGUUAAAUAGGUGUGGCACUGUGAGACUUAGAAAUGAGGAAAGCUGCAGAGACCUCUGUAACCACAUACAGUUUUGUGUGAAACUUCUUUAUCCGGAUUUAACACGCCCAUCUCGACCAUAGCCGUCUAACUAGCAUAUCUACAGUCAUGAGUCUUUCUCUGUCUCCAUCCAUCUGCAUCACAACCAUAGACAGUCUAUGAUCACAACUAUUCAGAUGAUUGUCAUAUCAGUGAUUAUCUCUGGGGGUAUUUUCACUGAAAUGCCCAUCCCACAUUACUUUCAGUUUCUUUUAGCAAAAACAGUACUUAUAAUAGUUUCCGAGGUUAUUGUUAAAAUAAUGACUAAGAUUGUACGGGUAAGCUGUUGUCUCCUUUUUACACUGUUAUUAUUAUUAUUGUUAAUUUGACCCCAUACAGAACAAACAUGAUGAUAUGCCGACCUGCCUGUGAAGCACAGCUUAUGUGUGAGAAGGACUGUGUACAGAUCAGGAGUGGUCCUGCCUUUGAUUUUUGGUUUGCAAACAUUUGAGCUGGGGUGGAGCGAAUGAAUGAAGCUGAAUGGGAACCGAACUGGAGACACCUUCAAAACAAGCAAACAAAUUCACACCAGGAUACACAGUUCAGGCUAUUUUGUAAUCAGCAAAUGAAAAAUUAGCCAUUUGAGGAACCCUCUUGAAGGUUGUUGGUAUCGUGAUAAACAGCUGAUGGUUGCUGUUUGGGGGGGAAUUUCCAGCUGUACUCAGUGUUCCUCAACACUCAGGCACCAAAUUUAUUCUUGGGUCCACCAGUCAGCCUUUGUAUUCCUCUUUGAGUCAUCAACAAUUUUCCAUGGAGGCCAAAGAUUUAGCACAGUUUUAGGAUAUCUAAUUCAAUCUUAUUCACACAGGUGACCCAACUGGUUUUUAUAGAAUUCACCAAAAAAAAGCAGUUUUUCAGAGUAACUUUUUUUCUUUUCUGUUUUCCAACUGACUAUUUUUUGUUUUGUUCUGUUUUGUUUUACCAGACUAAUUGUUUUUCCUAUUCUCUGGGAUCAUGAUCAUUAAAAAAAAAAAAAACGCUUUCAUCCCCCUCUACUCGAUUUGUUUGAAGCAAACAUGUCCCACUUGUUUAGUUUCAUUGAAUUUUUACUCUCGUUUGGGUUUGAGACACUGGGAGAUACUCCUUUCUUAAAGUCAGAUAGAUGGAAUUGUUAUAGGUUUGUCAACUUUGUGCAGGCACCUUAGGAUUUGCAUACCCUUUGUCAAACUAAUAACAUGCUUUACUGUCAUUGACCCUGUAGUUGAAGUUAUCUCGGAGCUGGAGAUUUUGCUGAUUUGGAGCAGCUGCGGUGGUUAAAGAGAUCUGAUUGUAUGAAAUUCUUGCAGGAUUUUGAAGUAUCUCACUUAGUUAGGAAAAAAAUAGUCUGAGAAACAGAAAGAGGAAAAAAAUAGUACGAAAAACAGAAAGGGGGGGAAAAUAUUAGUACAAAAAUAGAUCGAAAAAAUAGUCAGGAAAUACAGCCAAAAAUAAAAUAAAAUUACUCCAAAAAACAGUUUUCUUUUUUCUUUUUUUGUAAGUGAAUGCAAUACGCUUCCUGAAGUUUUUACAGAUCUCUGACCAGUUCAAGGCUAACAAUCAGAUGAGAGCUUCUACUGUGUUGAAUGUCAGGUUAAAAAUACCGAACACCAAGUCACUGCGGUAGUUAGGAGUGGCCCCUGAUCAAAGACAGCCCAGGGUAUCCCCAAGAAAUGUGAAUAACAAACUAGCCUAUAAGAGAUUACUCACAAUAUUUGUACACAGAGUUAGAAAAAUUACACACCAAAUGUAACCCUAAACUUAAAUCCAGUCAUGAUAGGAAUGUCAGACCAGCUCUCAAGUGUCAGGGCUCCCCACUAGCACACAUGAAAAAAACCCUUCCUGCCAGGGUUCAAUUUUACUACAAGGUAAUCUCAGCUUUCAUCUGUCUGACUAACAUAUACUGUGUGUCACUUAAUAUGGAGGAUAAUAUUGAUUAGCUUUCACUUUAACAGUUAAGGGAAAAUGGGUAAGUGCUAAAAUCCUGGCUUGGUUCAAUACUCUCAUCUGUUCAGUUUAGUGCUGACCUAUCAGAGGGAAAUAUGACAUCAGUGUGAGUCAAGGCCUGUCCUGUGAAAGAUGCACUGCUCUUAAUAGAAUCACUCAUGCCAUUUUUAGUCUCUGGGCUGAUUCAAAUGUGGUCAAAGACAGAGGGAGAGGGGACAGUGGGUGAGAUGAUGAUCCAAAAUAGUUCCUGGGGUUUUUUCGUGUAACACUGUGUGUAUGUAAAACCUGCUGAUAAGCAGGCAGUUAUGCUUAAGUUGCCUUUUUUAAAUACCGCAACUUAUAUUUAUACGCUCAGCUGUUGUCAGUUUUGCAUGUUAUGUGUUCUGGUUUGGGCUAUUUAACAUUCCCAGGUAAAGAUAUAAUAAACUCUGUCAUAUAGGGACACAGUGUACCUUCAGCUCCUGCAGUAGGGAUCCCUUCAUGAAUGUGACAGUAUUAGAUGUGACUGAGCAACUGCCUUUAGCUUUACUUAAGUUUUGAUACCCCUAUUACUUUUUUUAAAUUUCUUAAAACUGCUUUUAAAAAAAUGCUUUAAGAUAAAACAAAGUGAAAUAGACAUUUCCUUAUGGGAAUUGUAUCAUUAUCCUGGUUCUGCAAAGCAUUUAAGUUGUGCAUUUUGACUCCAUUUUUGUACUUAGAUAAAUCUGGACUGACACCUUUUCAUAAUAAAGGCACACUAUAUAAUGGAAGGGUGCUUUUUGAUUAGAUACAUAUAUAUCACACCUUAUAUUUAAGUUGUAAUUGAAGGCUACAGUUUUCAACAUUGUGUGUUUUUGUUUUCAGGAGAUCCUGAAUCAGAAGGUGGAUUAUCUGCCGUCUCCAGUGUUGGGAUUGGGGGAAUGUACGGCCUCUCAUCCUCCCUGCCAGAGCCGACGGUCCAGCCGUUGGGCAACACAAAGAGAAGGUAAACUGAAGGACAGCACGCAUUUCAUUUUAUUGAUUCAUUCAUGAUCAUUCACAUCACACAAUCUUGAAUUAUAAAAACUUAUUAGCAGGUUGACUCCUAUUUUUUGUUCUAUAAUAAAGACAUUUCAUAACUAACUGGCUAAUGCCAAACUAUAAAUUUUUCUUUGAAGAUAAUACAAAAGAUUUUUUCCUUUUGCUGUGAAAGUCCUGAUUUAUAAUUGUUUCUGUGAAGCCUGAGUAAUAGUAUAGAUCAUGGAAGUGUAUGUUUGCUUAAUUCCAACAGCUGCAGUGCUUCUAAUGAAUUGUUUCAUAAUAGAUUUUUUGUUCCUGGUUUUUGUUGUUGCAGCUGUACAUAUAGAGGGGAUUGUGCUCAGGGGCAUCUCCCGGACUAGAGUAGACAAGGAGUACAACUUUGAGGUAGGUGACACACUAAAUACACACACAAACUUCAAACACACAUGAACAACAUAGAGGACAUUUUCAGUAUUACUCUCAGAAAGCAGAAAACUUUAGAUUGAUGAAUAAGGCUUGACUGAAGUAGAAAAAAGAAAAUGACAAGGUCAAAAAGAUGCAGAAAAUGAGCUAAACCUAGAGGGGCAUCCACCAAAGUGAAGAAAGCAAACAAAUAAUACCAAUAAACCUCAACACACUGCUUUGUCCGUGUCAUAAGAUGGGUUAAGGGAGCAGAAUAUGCCAACAGACUCUGAAAUUUUCAUGAAGAAGGACCUUAUUCAGGUGCUGCUAUAAUUUUUUUUUUCUACAUCUUUGAAGAACACAAACAGAAAAAGGGCAGUAUUGGGAUUUUUCCAGGGAAGGGGAUUGUUGAGUUGGUCAAAGAAAAAAAACUACAAUGACCAUUUUUUCUACAGUUAACAGUUUAAGGCAUAUUGUAGUGAUGGUAUAUGAUUAAAAUGCCUUUAUUUUACAUAAAAAUUGUCUUUAAAAAAAAAUAGCUAAUGCAUUGCAAUGUACUCAGGUCUUCAUCAGGGCCACUGGCAACAAUCAGAUAAUCAGUCAAACCCAAAUAAAGCUUAUUAGAAAACUGUUACCUCAGAGGGUUUACCACCAUCUUUAUGAAGAUGUAAAUUACUUAUUCUAAAAUCUGUGAAAUCAUCUCUGAAUCCAAACUUGGUGUCAGUUUUUUUGUAUAAUUAGGUGAUAACCAGUUUUAUGCAGGUCAAUGUAGAGUUGGCUUUUCAGGGCUUGAGGUCUUGUCUCGCCUAACCUACUUCGCAUUACCUCCGGCGAACUACAUUAUCCCUUACAUAAUGCUCUGUGUUGAUGAAAUAACAAGAUUAGUAUGACUGUAAACACUGUAUUUGCGUCUGCUGUUUCCUAAGGUGCGCCUGCUAGACACUGCAUACACACAGAAUCAACACACAUGCACUUACCUUAAACUACAUAAAGCUGCUAAACACUUCUCUGCAUGCUUGCUUAUAGCUCUGCCUUUGAUCAAUUUUAAAAACAGCCUCAUUGUAGCUUGUUACAGGAGUAGCCUGGUGAUAAAACAAUAAUAUAGAUGGAUUUCCGUAAUUGUUCAGCAGGUAAUUAGAAAAUAAAUAAGGUAUGUACAGUUAAAACGUAUUUACCGGUGCUGUUAGUGGGUGGGCUCUCUGCUUUAUGUGCAUCUUAGGCAAAUGUCUUUGUUUUCCUUUUUUUUUCCCCGCACUAGCUGGCAUUUGCGCUCACUAAUCCCUGGCGUCUAUCUCAUAGUGACUCAGUGUGGUGCUAAGCGGAUGGAAGCGUAUCAGUGCCGAUGAGCUCGUCUUUUCAGAAGUGAAUGUUUCCCAAACAUGGGAUUCGCAGUAACAAAUCGGAAUAUUUAGUUCUCAUUUACAGAAAAUAAAAUUCGAUUCAGACAGAUGGAGGAGAGAGGCGAACAGCCCCCGUUGGCCUGACUGAGCCUUCACAUUCAGGCCAGGAGCGUCCACAACAGUGAGCUGUUCUCACCCUCCAUCUGUUUCUACUGGACCAAACCACUGAUGCUCACACGCAAAGACACUGAGGACGCACAUACUAAAACAUACUGCACCGCCAUAAAAGACAUUUAAUUCUCAUUGUGCAGCUCAAGUUGAUAGCCUUCUUUCAUGAGAACUAUUAGACUGUGUAAAAAGAUUCUUACUGAGAAGAAGUGAAUGAUUACAUCCAGCAAAAGUGAUAACCAACACUUUUAAUGUAUAAUGUAUAAUGUAUACAUUUGUCAAACAGACCUUUUUUAAUAUAAAGCAGUUAAAAGCCGUUAGCAUCAGAUCAAUUUUAAUGUAAACAAAUUUCUGUUUUAUGUUUCCUUACUGUGAACAACCGACUCUGAAUAACACUGCCCUUUAUUAAUGUGCUUUCCUGAGGCUCGUGCGGUUACGCACAGUCAUGAGUAAGUGGUGAGCUCACACAGCUCAGAAAAGAUACAACAUCCCCGUGUCUUAGCAGGAAGGUAUGUUGGUAUUGGCCGCUUUACAGCCUCUACCUACAUGUCCUUUGUUUUUCUUUUGACUUCUUUUAGAUUUUUCCAGGAAGGAGGAUUUUUUUUAAAAAGAUACAAAGACUGGAAUGUAAAGUACAAGUUUUAAAGAUAUACCUCUACAAUCCUUAGGAAUUGUAUAUGUCAGAUCUGUUGUUGUACAAUUAUAGAGGGAGAUAAAAAGCUUUGUGUGUCUGUGUGAAGGUUUUUUUUUACCUGUUUUUUUAUGUUAUUGUGCAUAGAACAGUGACUCUUUCCGAAUCAAUUAUUAAAUGAAAGGUCACAGUGUACAUUAGUAUAUGUUUGUGUUUUUUCAAGGGCUCCUAUGAGGAGUUUUUAACUGAUUUUGAAAUAAGAUCACUCUGAUACUGACACUUUUUCAUAAUCCAUAUUUUGAAAUGAGAUCAUCAGUCAGUUAUCCUUCUAACAUGAACUGUAGUGCCUGUGUUCAGGUCAGAUUUUCUCCAAAAAGAGGCUGAGUCAAUGUGCAUCACCCACCCAGAAGAGACUAUGCUUAGCACUCUACCGGUGAAGUUUGGCAGUAGGAAGAAAGGGAACAAGCAGGGGCAGUUUAAUUUCAUUUUUUGCACAAUGCAGGGCUUGACACUAACUUUUUUCACAAGGAGCACAUGUGCUCCUAAGUUGAAAAAGUAAGUAGCACACAAAGAACUUUAAGGGCACAAUGAAAAUUGAUCAAAUAAUGUUUGUCUUAUUGGUUGACAUAAGUACUAUUACUUGAAAUCAAUUUUAGGUCUUUUGGUCACAUGACAUGGAAGGACAACAGCCUUUUCUGAGAACAUCAACUGGUAGAAGACACUGGUAGAUCCACAGUGAAUGUCUCUCAAAUAUCCAACCUAAAACUAACUUCACCGUGCUAUUUACAUGAAAAAACAUUUGUUGCCUCAGCUAAUUUUUUCAGCUAUUUUCAGUUGCAAAUGCGAGUGAAAUGGUCGCACUGUCGAGCCCUGCAAUGUUUUGUUCUCAUUGCUUAUGAUAAGCAGGAUUAGUAAAAAAAAGGUUGUUUUUUGUCAAAGCACUGAUUAGGACAGAGAAGCCAGGUGAAAGAGCACAAUGGUAAUUAUCAGGCUUUAAUAUUUUUGCUGGUGUAUCAAUUAAUGCUGCUCUGCAAAAGAGUAUAACGGUGAUCAUAUUUCUAUAUCUAUAUCUAUAUCUCUCUAUAUUUAUCAUAUAAAUACGUACGUACACAUACAGACACUCUAACAUUUAUUGGGACUCUGGAGCACACAUCUGGUGUUUUUCCACCUUUUAAAUGCUGGUGGUAAUAUGGUAAUACACAAACUUUAAUUACUAUUACGUUACAGUUGAUGUACAUGUUAGGGCCCGACCGAUAUGGAUUUUUUGGGGCUGAUGCCGAUACCAAUUAUUAUUGGGGGGAAAAAUUGGAUUACCGAUUAAUCAGCUGAUUUUAACAUUUUUUAUGAAGUUAUAAAAAAUAUAUACUGUAGAUAUCUGCAGUAUAGUAUAUACUGUAGUAUAGUGCACUGUAGUACAAGUAACCACAAACCAACACCUUAUCACUCUGCAUCCUUGCAAGAAGUUGUCUUAGAAAAUUAAGAUAAUUUAAAAUAAAGAUCUGUAUUGUUUUUAUUUGUUGCCACAGUGCAAACAUUGUUAUGACACUGGGCGAUGGUGCUCAUGGGAAAAGAAAGCAGUCCUUUUAUUAUCAAAAGAAUGAAUCAUCACGACAUGAAAACUCCUCACAGUACCUUAGUGUGUCACAUUACCAUUAAACAUGAACCACAUCCUUAAUCAACAAUGUUGCAGUGAUGCUUGUAUUUGUACUUUGUGCAGUGAUGGGAAAUGCACUCUGUUGUUUUUCAGGUGAAGUGGUCAGACUCGUCAUCCAGCAACGUGACCAAAACCCAUCUCGAGCUGGAGAAUUUCCUUCUCAAGGUACCUGCAUUUUUUGGAUCGAUAAAUACAUCAAUGCAGUGAGGAACUAUGAGCCUGUCUGGACUUCAAUUCAGGAUUUAUACUGCAGCUGUAUUUUUACAAAAUCCAAAGUGUUUUAUAUUUAAUCCACGAAAAGCUUUUGCUGAUUUAGCCCUGGCAAAGUUCAUGCUGGUUCACUGACAAUCUGUCACAGCCUUCUAUGACAUUUUGGUCCAGAUUUUUUUUGUAUCGGACUGUCAAAGUGUGGUUUGACUGUCAACACAGGAAAUGUCAUAGCAAUAGAAGAAAGUAUGCCUGGGCAUUAUGAUUUUUUCAUACAGUGGAGAAUCACAUAAGACGAAAUAGUGCCAUGCCUUGAGGCUUUCUAAGCUUUUUCCCUCCUUCAUAAUGCGAUGUUUGGAUAAUCCAGCCACACAAGAGUAAUUUGAGAUGUAGCGUACUGGGGAUUUCACGAGAUCCAACAACAAACUCAGAUUACGGAGUGAUUGGUUUAAGUCUCCAAGACAUUUUCUUGGAGUAAGACUAGAUAAGCUGACAGAUUGUUGGCUGAAGCUUCAAAAACACUUGCGCUGAAUUGCGUUUGAUACCAGAUUUACACACAAAUAACUACAGUUUAAGCUCUUUUCCUAUGCUGUUCAGAUGGGUGAUUAUGGCUUUAUUUGGCCGACCCUUUUCUCAGUGCAUCUUGCCUGUUGUUUACAUCUAGGAUGUAUGUUUUUUUUUAUUUUUUAGCUUCCCAAGAAUCAGUGCACUGAGUCUUUUGAGAAGAGCAUCCUGAGGCUUCUUAACCAGGGGGACCAGAAAGAGAGCAGAGAGGUGGAGAAGAACCUCAGGUACGUUAGAACCAACUUGCAAGAUUUAUAUCAAGAUAUUUUAUUUCAUUUCUGUUGAAAUGAUUUGCAAACCAUCAAAUUCUGUUAUUCAACAUUUGAUAUAGGAUCUUUACUCCUUUAAAAUUGGGGUUGUAAAAACAAAGUAAAAAACAUACUCUUGCAUGUGUAACUUUAGACUAAUGGGUGGUAGCUCACAAGAUAUUUUAUUGUUAUCUAAUGAUCACUUUUUAUGAAAUAUUUGAUGGCUAAAUUCCUCUAUUAUGAUUUAAAUUCAUUUGAGACCAAAAAAAGAAUAAGCCUGGGAAAAUUUGUGUUUUUUGAAGCUUUCUGGCAUCAUGUUAAAAAAAUCAUAUGAAAACACUGAAAACUUGAGCCCUGUCUAAGUAAAAACCACUGCCCCCACUGCGGUCACUUCGUCCUGUUAUUUCCAGUCCUUUAAGCACAAAAGGUCAACGUCCCCGUCCUUUCCAAGAAAUAUUUUUUCAGGAUCUGUUCCUGCAUGUAUCAAUGUGGAAAACAUUUUUUUUGUCUGAGCUGCAUGAUUUUUACUAUGAAGACACCACUGGUCUUCACAGUGGUUCAGUGUGUAAGACAACUAUGUGUAGAUGGAGCUAAAUCAGAUACAGUUUUUUUAGAGGCUUGCUUGUUCUUAUGACAAAUAUAGCAGUAUCACACAAGAGAGAAAGAAUGAGAACAUGCAAAUUCAAGGAAAUAUGGCUCAAAUUAAAAGUAUAAGAAUAAAAGUAGAAGGGUUGGGAGAAAAAAUCAAUUCAGCAUAGUAUUGCGAUAUUUUGUCUGGUGAUCUAUAGUAUCAUCUCAUUUACGAAGUAUUGAUUUUUUCAAAUGAAUUGCUAAUAUCAAGUCAAAUCUAUGAUGAUGGAAAAAUAAAAACAGAGGUGACAUCAUAGAGCAGGAGAAAGUUAGUGCAACAAACAUGGCAGCACAUGGGGAAAAACAUUAGGAUUGCAAGCAGGGCACAAAUGAGUUGAACCUGACUCAUAAGGUUUACAAGAUGUGCUACAUGAAAAUAAAAUACUGUGUAAACAAGACAAGCAUAAAGGAAAGACAAAUGCUAAAUUAGCUAUACAGUGGAAAAAAUUGCAUAAAUCGCAAUAUAUGUUAUUGCAAUAUGUUUUGCACAAUUUUUAACAUCGUAAUAAUAUAAUAGUAUCAUGACCUAAGUAUCAUAUCGUGAUAAUCUCGUAUAAUGGCCUAAAACAUUGUAUUGUGGCCUUAGUAUCAUAUCGUGAUAAUAUGGUAUUGUGGCCUUAGUAUCAUAUUGUGAUAAUAUCGUACCGUGGCCCAAGUAUCAUAUCGUGAUAAUAUCAUACUGUGGCCCAAGUACCAUAUCGUGAUAAUAUCGUACCGUGGGGCCACUCGUGAUUCUCACCCCUAGAAAGUAGGUAGGGACAAAUAUUAAGAGGUAUUUAAAUAGCACGAAUUCACAAGUGUUAUCUCAAGAUGAUAAACAAAAAAACUGGUCUAGACCAUAAUAUUUAUGAUAUUUCAAAGACCAAGUGUGAAGACAUGAUAAGAUUGAGCCUCAUCUUUUAAGAUCUGACCCACUCCCAUCCCAUCUUCAACCACGAGUGAAAAACUGCAGCAUUUAUCAAGUUACAGCAGAGAGGAAGAACUUCCUUUAACAUGCAGAAACCUCGAACAGAACCAGACUCAUAUUAGACAGUCAUCUGCUGAGACUGAGCUGGGAUUAGAGAGGGUAGAGAAGGAGAUGGAGAAAGAGAGCGAUGCAAACAAGCUUUUAAACGUAGGAUAUGUAUCUGCCAUGUAGUCCAACGUGUCAUUUAAAAGUAUGAAGAAACCCUGUCAGUGUAAAUACUCUGUAUUUUAAAAAAAGGAUUUGCAAGGAAACACUAGAUGGAGGUCAAAAACAAGAAUCAGGUUUUCAAGAGUCUGAAGACAAAUGCAUGUUGUAAUAUGUCAGAGCUGCUGUGCCUGCUGGGACAUAUAAGAGUGUGUUUUUGUGUAUGGUGGAAACAACAAUGGAACUUUGGGUGUCACAGUUUCCUUUUUUAGCCUCCAUGAGCUGUCUGCUGUUGUUUUGUUUGGGUUGGUGAACCAAAUCAGCGGCUCAAACUAAUUUCCUGUUAUUUCCAAAAGGUUAAAGCCCCUUCCCCCAUGUUUCAUCUUUGCCCUGAGUCACACGCCAAACCUCUAUUUCACUGUGUUCAGUUUUAAUGAUGUUAGAUCGUUGUUCUCUUCAAAUAGAUCUUGGUGUUAUCUCCAAACUGUUGUCUUCAUCUCUGCCCUUAAGCUGUGAAAGCUGUGGUAGACAGAGAAGACUGACACACACAAACACUCAAGCACACACACACGCACAAAUAUACAGCAUCCACCAGUUUCUCUUUGGGAGAAAUGAAACUUUGGAAAGUGAAACCUAAAUGCCUGCACUUGAGCAUUUCAUCAGAAGCUCAGGCUGCUCUGCUCACAGUGUGGUUGGACUGCAGUCACUGUUUUACUCUUUCCCUCUCCUCCCCUCUCAUAUCGUUUUUGGCUUUGGAACAACUAAGGUUUUGCUUUUGUUGUUUUAACAACAGUAUGUGGAUUUAUUUGCAUUCCAAAUAAGACUACAGAUGGGUGCAAACAUUUGUUUUCAUCAAGAUCUUAUUUGCAUGUUCAGGAGCAUUUGGGUUUGCUUUUAGCCACAGAAGAAAAAAUACUGUAAGAAAAGGAAAAGAUUCUAUAAAGAAAGGGUUUUUAUUUUACCCUUGAAAUGAAGUUAAGUCCUUGGAUGCUGGUUUAGCCCCAUGUGCAGAGGCUUUAGUCCCCUUUGUGCUGGUCUCAAAGUCAGUUUCCAAUCCCAACAAUAUUCUGAAUCUAAAUAAUAACAGUAAUCUGAAUAUAUCAAGCUAAAUCCAAGAUAACCCCAGUACAGUCAGAAUAAACUGAGACCUGUGCUUUGAGAGUUGUGUGGACAGGGAGAUACCAGACCUAAACUGAAAGAUGCUGAAAAACGUUUGAGAAACCUCUACCAUUUCACACAUUUUUUUUAAGAAAUUCAAAUAUAAAAUGUUGGGAAUUUUUUUUUUUUUCAGCAAGUGCCACACUUGUAUUUAUUCUGGAUAAAUAACCACCACAUCCAAGUUUUCAUUCUUCUCCUCCUCUGUCCAUCUUCAGGGAAAGGUUCCUGUCGGCUCCUCCAGUUUUCAGACAGACCAGGAAGGUCUGCAGCUUCUUCAAUUGUGACUCCAGUUAUUCUUCCAAACGCAACAGCUGCAGAUGUGAGUAUCAGACUAAGAACAAAAUUCAGUGAAGUAUAAAAACAGUUUUCCUCCUCAGAGACCAGCCAUCACUAAUUCAAGCUUGUCUCAGAACGAGUCACAGUGACAUUUAAAACUGGUUUCAUCCCAGUCAAACAUGAAAGCAUUUUUCUGGGUGAUUUGAUAAAAGGGAGAAAUUUUCUGUAUCAAAAUACUCAGAGGAUUAAACUUUAUAGAAGCUUUAUUCUUUUAUAAUUGUUCUGCAGUUCAGAAUAUAAAACUGCUCUGAAUUAGAGAGUUUCAUAAGUAUUAUGGUUCCAGUGUUGCUAACAUGUCUCUGAGUCUACACUGCAGGGCUUUCUGUGCGUAUCUGUCUCCCAUAUCCAGUGCAAAACAAAACUCAAAUACAAAUGCAAAUAUUUUGAAUUGUAUGUUUUCCUCGGGGGUGGUCUUAUAACGGAGUUAAAUUUAAGUAAGGUCGUAAAGGAGGAUUUUCAGAGUAUUUAGAAAUACUCAUGGUAAACAAGAGACUUAUGGAUAAUACAGGUCAAAUGUUUUACCCCAUUGAAGCCUGCAAGAGCCUUUAACUAAGCCUUGAUGUGCCUUUUUUUGCCCAAUGGAAUAGGAAACUAGGUGCCUAUCUUGACUUCUAGCAAAGGACUUCUUAGAAUAGAGCCAACAGCGAUCAUGUUCGACUAUCAACUGUAUAUAGAAUGGAUAUUGUCUGCCUCCUAGGUGGGUGAAGCCACUGCGAGAACAGCACCCUCCGUUGACAGGCUGCAGUAUAGGUCAUAAAUCCCACCUCCUCCAGCAAUCCCUAUGGAGCUGUGGACAAACUUUAAUAAUUAAUUACACAAAAUAUAAAAUAUUCUUCCCCCUGGUUGUGAUGUUGACAUGUAGUUACUGUAAGAGUGGUUUGUGCUCAAGUCCUCUUUUGUCUGUACAGCUCCGUUUUUAAAAGUUAUUAGGGGGUUCAUACUUCAUACUAUUCAUUACUAUGAUUGACACUCGAUACAGCUUAUGGGCGUACGAAGAUUGCGUAGCUCACCAGUGGGAUACACUGUUUGAGCCGAGCGUCAUCACAGUGACUCUCCCGCCUCCCAAAUGCAUACAACGCUACUCCGCAAGUGGUGGUUCCAAGAAGUGGAGAAAAUCCCGGAAAUACAGAGAGAAAUUCGGCUUCAAAUUCGUAUAAUGACGAAAGGCGGAACAAAGUUGUCCAUAGUACAGUCUAUGUGUUCGACUGAUCCAACCACAUACUCACAAACUGUGCACCUGAACACACCGAGCACACCUGAAAAUCUCCAAUAGUCUGUAUAUCUUUUGAAUAUUUUACCGGGUAAGGCUGUCAAAAUUUCCUAGUUUGGUACUUUUCAAUAACAUAUGCUUUAAAAUGAUAACAAACAUCUGUAUUUCACAUGCAGUAGUAUUGAAAAGCAUUGAAAGUUAAAAAAGGUUGUCACUCAUUUUUAACCAGAGGCCAGAGGCUAGCAAAUGACAGUGUGCGUUACAAUCUGGUUUGUUACUUGAAAAGAGGAAGUAACAUUAAAAAAGUUGUUUUUUGGUCAAAUUAAAAUGAAAAUUAUUAUAAAAGAAGCAAUUAAACAAAAAUGCGACAACUCAAAAGUGACGGUGAGUUGAUCAGGGUCCAGCUGAUCUCUCAAGGUGAUGCUGGCCGCCUUCUUAAAAGGAGCACCGCUUUCUGAUUGGUGCAGUUAGUCCAGGUUGUUUGCCAAUCAACUCCUGUCUGCUUUGGGGGGGCUGGCCUAUCAGAGAGGCACACCACUCCUCCAGUCACCACACACACACACAUUCACACACAUUCACAGAGGGGGGUACUGCAGUAAAUUGGCCUGCUUAAACUCAUACUGUUGUUAAGCUGUUGUAAUCACCUUGCAGGACAUGUGGUAAUAAGGAUAAGCAGAAAAUCAGAUCAAACCACUCUUCCAGGGGUUAUCUUUCAAUAGUGAAUAAAAUAUGCAGUUUUUGAUUGUUUAAAUCCUAAUUUGUUUUUCCAUAGACAUCUCACAUGACCCAGGAGUCCAUUAUUGAUACCAUUAGAUUUUCUCCUGGUGUCAUAAAUUCUUGUGAAGUAACAAACUGUCACUGAGAUUGGUCCAAAAUGUGAUGACUUGUCUGGGUAAUGAUGUUUUCUUUACAGGUAACUGCCAGCUUGGGAAGGUCUACCAAGGAGAUUGCUCUGAUGCCUCCAGCCAGGAGGAAGGUGAGAACAAGUAACAUGGUUUCACACAUUUCCACUGCACUAGUUUGUUGUUCCCCUGUAGGGUGUAGAAGGUGAAGAGGAGAAGCAGCAAAAGGACAAAUGAAAUACAAAGGAGCAUACUGUGUAAAGAGUGUAUGAGACCUGUUUGUACAUACAGGCAAAGUAGGAAGAAGCAGCCCACUAACCAGGCCUGCAGUCAUAGCUGCAGCUUCAUAGUAAACAUGAAAAGUUAACUAGCAUGUAUUUUUGGAGGUGGGCUGGAAAGGCUGAGUCUCUUUCGAAUCCUCGAAUUUCACGGCUAUAUUUGCCCGAUCACGUGCUGACCUGAGUUCUGCAGGAGCUGCAGUAACCUCAACCCCGGCCUGCCGCAUACUUGGGUUGGAAUUUGUGUCACUGGCAGAUCUUGUUUGUGCUCGAUUGAGGUUAUGCUCUAAAUCUUUUACAAGUUUCAUUGUGUCGAAGGAUUUAUGCAAAAGUCAACAAGCAGAUGAAACAUUUCUUAAAUAAGUUUGCCAACCUUUCCAGAAAUACAAGAUGAGCUGAAAUGCAUCAUAAAGCUAAGAUGUUGUAUUUUCAGUUUGAAACAAAAAUGCUGAAUACAAAAUUCUGUUAAAAGAGGUCAGUGGGUCUGCCUCUUGAAUUCUGAGCACUGUUAUUGUUGUUUUACUUUUAAAGCAAAACUUAUUUCAUUUGCAUAAAUGUCUUUCACUACCUGCAUAGUUCCCUGAUUUUACAUUCAUGAAGAUCAUGAGUAUCAUCAUCCACACAUUAUCAUUCUGAUGAUCCUCAUUAAAGGAGAGAUGUUCACUAGGUUUACUCAAUCAUCAGUAUUUUUAGAGCAGUUUUGGUUGUUGAUGCACUGUAGACUGAUGUCUUUAAAUAUCAGUCCCAGGUCUAGAAUAGAGUCAUUGAUAUGUCAAGUUGUAUGCGUGGCCUGGUUGUAGCCUGUUUGGGCAUAUCGUGUCAUGUACUCUUACCUCUAUCCCUCUGCCACAGUGAAUAUUUCAACAACAUGUUUUAUAAUGUCCUGAUACUAGAGAAGUGUUGAUGAAAUGUGUAUUUACUCAGACAGUAUAAUACUCUGAUGGAGCUAGUAUAGAGGCAGAGAGGGAGAGAGGGAAAGAGGCAGGGGAAACCCACCUGACAGACUUAGCGAACUGCACAUGAACAUAAGUGCAGAAGUGUUUUAAACAUCCACACCUAUAGUGAAAAAAACACUGAUAUGCAGGUAUAUCGGCCUGCAUCUAAAACAUCAGCACUCUGAUGCAGGCAGUCCAUUCCAGACUCCGCUCCAACACCUCUAUCUAGCAGCACCCGGAUCCAGCAUGUAGAGCCCAUGUAAUCACAACAACAGUGUGUACUACGAUACAAACAAAGUCGCAACGAGUAGGUGGGAUGUCGGCAGUAUUUUUCAUUGUAGUCUGAAAAAGACAUUGCAGCUGAGUGCAAAAGUUUGUGCCAAUACCAAAUCAAUAUCGGUAUAGGUCAAUAUUGAAGGCUACAAUAUCAGUAUUGUAUCUGAGGUAAAAAAGUUAUCAGGACACUCCUAAUACAAACAGCACCGCCACACAGAGGUGUAACGCUGUGAUCACAGUGCAAAACAGACCAAAUUACCAAGUGCUGCUGCCCUAGGAAAGGGCCUCUGACUUGAAACUGGAGGAGAUACCCUGCCCAUCAUCUGAAACUUUGGAUUUUAUGCCUGGAUUGAAGAGGUCUGGCAGCGGCUGCAACAAUAAUUCUGUUUCAAGUCAAAGUUGGACUUCUCCAUUUCCUGUUAUUGUCUCUUUUGACAACGAGAAUGAUAUAAACAAUACCAGAGAGGACUUUCUUGUAAAGCUUCACAUAGUAGCCCAGGCCUUUAUAAGUUUUUGUCUAAAAAUGUCAAACUCGACUGAUUCAAUAUGAGACAGGUUUAAUUGUUUUGUCUUUAAAAUUUGGAUUUUUGUUGUUAUUUUAACUUUUAAUUCCAUCCUCAAAGCCUGUCCAAGCAGUAAAGUCCUCCUUGACCCUCCUUUCAGUCAUUAGGUAUACAUUAAUGGACUUCAAUUACUUUCCCUUUUGGGCACUUAUUCACUAGUGUGAGGGCAUCUAAAUUAAACCUGCCUUUAUCAGAGGAGACCCUGCCUUUAAAGUAGUUGUGUUUAUUAGGAGUUUUAAUGUACUUUAAUGGUAUGAGUCUUGUUUUGCAGUGUUAUUGAUGUCGGCUUUCACACCAACUGCUUCAUUAACUAUAUUUUGUUAAUUAUUCUCACAGAUUUGGAGUCUUUUGUUCAGGGACACAAGAAAAAACACGGGACCAAGAGUCCAUGUCAAGGGUGAGUAAAAGUGUGGGAUUUGAUAUGAAACUGUCGUGCAAUUAAUAACAAAAAGACAGUAAAUAGUGGUUAUUAAGGGAAAGAUGUUUGCUAACAUCCCUCAGCAGUUCUUGUCAUGAUAGUUUUAUUAGUGAAGGUAUAAUAAACAAAUCAGUUCAGGUCUCAAAAAUGACUAGUUCAGAAAUGGAACUGAAAUGUUGUAAUAAAACAUUUGAAGGACAUAUAUAACUCUUCUGUCCUCUACCAGUCUUUCCAGUGCCAAGGGCUCUCAAGGAGAGACUCGGAGGGGGGGUCAUACUUCAGAGCUCAACGGUCCAGUCGAGAGGAGAAAGGCUGAUCAGGUGAGGAGAAAACGGGGUCAGGCGCCAGGAUGUUUCCAAAUCAAAGAUAAAAGUCAAGCAGCUCCUGUUUGAUUUUUUUGAGUCCAUCAAUCAGUCAAACAGUCUUUCUGUUUAAAGCACUUUUCAUAAGAACUAAAACAAUCUUAAAAUAAUGGCAAUAGGGGAGACAAAUGCAACAAUAGAACUUAAAAAGAAAAGACCCAAACCCUGAUGGAUCAUGGGUCAGUAGGGUUGGGGGGCUCUGCUGGGUCAAGAUGUUUCUUCCAUGAACAGCUGCACAGAUAGUUAGCAGUGUUGGUCUAAUGAUUAACAUAACUGUAAAGCUCUGAAGCACAGCUGAGGAACAACUCCAUGAACACUAGUUAAUCAUUUUACAUGAAGGUCAGCAGGAUUGAGUUAAAAUAGCUGUUCUUCUUUUACGAAUGAGGCAGCAGCAUGUGUGUGGGUCAGAGUGAGUGUGUGAGUGUGUGUGUGAGUGUGCGCGUGCGUGUGUGUGUGUGUGUGUGUGUGUCACUAGCUGCCACGUGAAUGGGAGUACUCACUGCUAAUCUCACUGAUUUAGGUCAAGACCAUGUGUAUGUGUGAGUGGGAGAGAGGCGGCACUCUGCUGACAAAGCACAAAGCUCGCUCCCUCAGUCACAGAACAGGCUGGACACUCUUUAAAAGGCUGUUUUUGAUGCUUGAUGAUGCCACUCGGUUUUUAAAAUGGCAAUUAUUAGGGCCAAUAAUAAUUAUAGGUCCAGUUUGGUAGUAGAAUGUUGAAUGGGAGAGUGAGUUUCUUCUAUCCUGCAGAUUUCAAACACACAAAAAUGAUGCAUUUUAAACAAAGACUGUAAAUGUAACAAGUACAAACAGCUCAGUGACAUUCACACACGACAUUAUGUAUUUAUAUGCUUACUCAUGGACUGACAGACUUUUUGGAGCCAGAGGUGGUUAUAUUAUAAUGAGAGGGUCACACAUCCUUCUUAUAUCGAUUUUACAACAGCUUUUAUCAUAAAUUUACUAAAAAUAAAAUGUGGUGUUGGAGAGGACUUGAAAUGAGGGAUUGAGACUGUGAACUUAUUUAGUUAAUUACAACAAUGCAAGGUGAAAUGGUGUAUCAAAAGAUGAUUUUGGCCACAUUUAUUGCACCCUGUGGUUUUAGAAAAGACUUAAUGAGUCUUAUUCUGAAUGAAAUACUACAUCUCAUGCAAUACACAUGGGGGCUGAAAUUUAUACCUAAUACGUGUAUAUGUUUUAUGCAUUUAUAAAUAAGUGACAUUUGAAUAAUACAAUGAUGUUUCUUAUCAUCUGGAUCCAUAUAUCUGUUUUCUGCUUUCAAAUCAAACUCUCCCUUUAUUUUUGCCACACCAUGUCCUGCUCUCUAAGCACACAACUGACUUACUGAUAGGUCUUAAAUAAUUUCUGAGAAUGUUAAAAGUUCAGAUUGUUUCAUCAGCUCUGUGGUAGGAACUUUGAAUUAGAAACUCUCCAUCUUAUGCUGCAUGAGCCUUUUACAACACUAAAGUUGUAAAACAUCAAAUCCGAGAGGAAUCCUCUGUCAAACAUGAAGAGAUCCAUUUAAGGUUUCGGUUGAAACAUGCAGGCUUGACUCUCUGUCCUGUUUUUUUUUUUCUUUCCUAUAGCACCAGGACCCUGAGAAGAGGAGCCACCCAGCCAGCAAAUCAAAGACCAGAGGCCUUCCUACAGACAGGUGGGUCCACAUAUUUAACUGCAGUGUUGUGCAAACUUUCUAGCAAUCAGUUAAGAUGAGGGAACUUUUGAGUCAGGUAUUUGAAACUCUCAUGAACACUCAUUAACCUUAUCUCCUUUUUAUUCCAGGGACAAGGGAAAAGGAAAGGGCGCCGCCUUUGUUGCUAAUGGCAGGCUGGUACCGGCUCUGUCACCUCAGAGGAAAGGUGAGUGGAACAGGAAAGUACCAGAUUAAAGUGUCUCCUGUGUGAAAGCUUGAAUCGGCAGUGCUCAGUGUUAAUCACCUAGUUUGUUCAAAAUGAAUCAUUUGCAUCAAGUGAAACAGCUGUGAAUAAUAUUCUGUCUUUAGUUGACAGGAUCAGUUGUGGGGUGAAUGAUAGUAGAAAUCAGUAGAAUAAUACUGUGCUCCAUUUGUACUUGGAAGUUGGAUUUUCCGAGUUCCCAGUCAGAAAUUCAUCUGGAACACCCCCCUGAAGUUGUUUUUCACCAACCCCGACUUGACAACAAUGUCAUAAUCCAACAUAACUGCUGACAAUUGUAAACAACAGCUAACAACGGCUAGCAGUUGGCAUCCAUCUUGGUUUUCUGACUUGUUCACUGGGACGCUGUCAACUCUGGUGUAACGCCAUUCCCAGCUCCAACAUCCGACUUCUGAAGUAACUGGAACGCAGCAUAAGCUUAUUUUUUUCUGUUGCAGCUGUAAAAAGGUCCUAAAAAAGCCCCUUUUCUUCAUAAAACUUUUCUCUGUCAAGUGAAAGGAUAAAAAAAUGCACUGUUAGGUGAUUUAAAAUGUUUCAUAUUCUCUAUGGUGGCUUGUCUGUAAUAUUAACUCCUGUGUUGUUGCAGAUGGAGGUUCUUGUCCAGAUACAUUUGGUGAAACCUCAUCAGAAAGUUACAGCUCCCCAUCCAGUCCUCAACACAGAGGACCAGAGAGCAUGGACAGUGAGGAUGACAACAACAAAGGUCAAACCCGCUCACACUCUGACCCGUCAUUUUGCCUUAGAAAUGUUGGUGAAACCUGGACUGAUUCUGUGCUUUCAUGUUCUUGUCUCUGUAGACACUGACAGCCCCUCUGAUGACUCCAGCAAAGGCCCAGGCCCUGGCAUGUUCUUUGCCCACCAGACUGAUCCAUCAAUGGUGGGGGAGGUCGCCUCUGUCAACCCUUUGUCUUCCGGUACCCACCAGGCCCAGAUGGAGCCAGUUUGCCCAGAGACCAGCGCAGACUUCCCGCCUCUCUCCUUCAUGCAUCCUCUGCCCUAUGUUCUCCCUAACGGGGCUGUGGACUCUCCACUUCCACUGGUUCCUCCUCCCAGCCAAAACAUUGUUCCUGACGUGAAGCCUUCAUCUGGGACUCUAAUGAUGCAGCUACCCCUUGUGCCUCCAGCUGUUCCUGGACUUGUGGGAGACCCAGAGAAGAGGGACAUGCGCUCACCCUAUGGGAUCCCCCAUAUGGGCCUCCACCCUUCAGGAAGUCCUGCUGUGCAGCCUCUUGUUCAGAGGUUCAAAACUGUUUUGCCUCACAGUCAAGGUGUUACUGAUGGAGCUUCGGGGAGUGGAUCUAGCCCUUCUGCCCCUCAGACUCCUGUUAGGGCCAUCAGUGUCUUGUCCCCAGGCCCCACAUCCUUCUCCUCCCCUCCUCAGCAGUCUCUGCUCUGCCAAGAUCCUGCCAGUGCUAGCUCAGGGCUGGCCCCCUCUCUACCACAUGCGGAGAAUACUCAUGCCAAACACCCUGGUUUAACCUUACCAUCAGGCCUACCUUCUCCUUACACCCUGCCACCUGUCCCCACCUCCAUUAUGCCUGCUGUAGGAGCACCUGCACCUACAGGGAUAGCACCAUCUCCUGGACAUGUACAGGCAGCUGUUCCUCCAGCUGUGCCUACCCAUACCCCUGGACCUGCCCCCAGCCCAAGCCCAGCGCUUACCCACAGCACAGCACACAGCGACAGUACAUCGUACAGCAACAGCAGCGCUUCCUGCGGAAGUGCCUCAGUUGUUCACGGCAACCCUGUAACCCUUCAGCAGACCCAGCAGCAACAGUUGCCCUCCCAGCAGCCAACACAACAACAGCCGCAACAGCAACAGCAGCAGCCGAUAAGCUGUGGGACCUGCGGUUGCCACAACAACUGCGGCAGCCGAGGCAGCGGCACAAACAACAACAGUGUCAGUGGUGCCUCUGGUUGCCAGGCACCCCUGUUCUUUCCCACCCACCAGGUGUUUAGUGUCCCACCGCACCUGUUCCAGCUCACAAAUCUGCGCAGCAGCAAUUACCUCCCCCAGGCCCAGCCUCACCAGGCCAACGGAGCUGCCACCCUGCCCACCUUCUUCCCUACUGCUCCACCUCCUGCACACCCUCCACCCUACGGCCCCCUCCACACCCACUCCCACAGUCAUACAGAUGUGCAAUCACACAUGCUGGGCACCCAGGCUGCAGCCGUGGCUGCAAACUACAACCUUCAGCAGCAGAUGGCGCCAGCAUCGUUCUGUCAGCGUGUGUACCAGCAUGUGUACCCAAACCCCCUGGGGAUGCUGCCUGCCGCUGCGCUAGGGGGAGGAGGAGUCAAUAAGAAGAACGGCCAUGUGUCUUGUUACAACUGUGGUGUGAGUGGGCACUACGCUCAGGACUGCAACCAACCUUCAAUAGACUCCACGCAGCAAGGUAGUGCAGCUGUAGGAAAAAGGUUUAAACAUAGAACUCCUUAGUUUCCUUACCUCAGAUCAGCAUUAUCACUUAAGUCUCAUCACUUAAUUUAUAAACACUUUUAAAAGCAUAAAUUUGACCUUGUGAUAGUCAUGUCCAAAAACUGAACAAAUCCAAAAAUACUACAGUGUACUAGCCGGCAAAUGAAGACAACUUAAAAGCAAGUAGAUGAAAUGAUCAUUAAAAAUGCUCACAUGUUGCAGCACAGACUUAUUUAAAUAUAACAUCUAUAGAUAAAGCACAUAUUAACUUUUUAUGAAAGUAAGACAUUAUUUAUUUUACAGGGUUAUCAUUUCCUCCCAAUCAGAAAUUGGGCAUUUAGGGGAAUCUCUUUGUGACUAACUUUUUGAGUACACGGGCGAACACUACGACAACUUAUUUAAGCACCUUUCCAGAACAGUAGGUGGCCUCACAUAUUCAGAGAGACCUGUGUUAUCUUCCUUCAUUGUUAAAAAUAAGCAAAGACACACCUUGUGUUGGCUGACGUUUGCCCCCAGCUAAGCCCCGCCCAACAAAGCAUCAUAUUAUUUAGUGAUGCUGAAGCCGAAAACGUACAGGAUCCAUAUUGAGCGCGUUCGGAUUGGAUUGUUCUGUGUCACUGAUAAAUCCGUAACCAGGAAGUGUUUCUCAUCUACACUAAUUGAUACACAGUUGAGAGUUAGCAUAUGGUGUUUUAUUUUGAAAUACUGGAUGACAUGCAUGGUUUUCGUGCUUGACUUCCUGUCUGAAAUGAUCUUCAGUGUGUAUUGAUGCGCAUUGGAAACGUAGAGCAGAAAAAAUAGACGUGGCGUAUCUUGAGAAGUGCUGCUCUUGAUACGAUGCUGCAACAGAGCUGACACGCGUCCUGUAUGCUUUGCUGCAUUGAUCAGAUUGGCAGCGUAUUUGCUGCGUGAUACGGUGCGCUGCUGCCACGCUCCAUAUAUGCAUCCUGUAUGUUUUAGCCUUUAGGGUUGUAUACAUCAUUUGUCGGUCUUAACUGGUACCACUAGACAAUGGUGAUAGUUAAUUUUUCUCCAGUAUCAACACUUCACCAGUGUUUGAUUCAUCCAGUUUACCUACAGAACUUUGUGACAUUUUUGGACUAGCUGAUAAUGUGUAGGUGGCAAUUUAAACAACAAAGAUUUGAAGAAGUUUAAUUGCCAGUUUUGAUUUCAUAGGAACCUUAACUUAACUUAAUCCUUACAGAAAGCUGAAUUUUGAAAUUCAUUUAGAAAUGUUACAGCAAAGCAGUGACAGCCAUGGCUGUAUAAAAACCCUCAUUUCACACUCAGAUUUUGAGUAUGUUAAAACUUCUAGGAGAAACAUAUUAAGUUCUGUGUCACUUCUACACCUGAUGUUUUCAGUCAGUCUAGUGAUGUCUGGACUAGUUUUUCCAACUGACCCACUGAUCAUACACAUCUCUGUGUGUUUGCAUCUCUGUAUGUGUGUAUGUGGUUGGUUUGUGUGAUGAUGUUUGCAUUGCAGGUGGCUUCCGGUUGAAGUAUGCAGCCUCCCACAUUUCAGAAGCACUUGACAAUGCUGAAUGAAGAAGACGAAGAAGAAGAAAGGCUGAAGAGGACAUCAUCCGGUCUGCUUUUCACAGAUAGUUCUCUGUUCUUCCCCCGGCGCUGUGUGUGUGCCCUUCAGGGGGGGAAAAAGACUCAAAAAAGAGAGAGAGUGACCUGCCAAGGGCUCAGCGGACAAAGCCUAAGUACUUGUGCCUGAGAAAACCUUUUUCCCAUGGAGAUGAUUCACAGUCUCGUGCGCACUAACAGUCCAAUUGACUCACGGUUUCCUCCCUUUCAGUUUGUUUUUGAUAUUUUUGCACUGAUGGUGGGAAAUUCUUAACUUAUUACUUAAUUAUUAGGACGUUUAGAGAUUUGGGGGAUUUGUUUUUACAUUCAAGUGGAGACAUUUCUCCCUGAAAAGUUCUUAUAGAUGUAUUUCUCAAAAAGGAAAGGUGUAUUUAUGCUUUUUUUCUUCAUUUAUUACUGUUUGGGAUUCCAGUAUCCGACAGAAUUGUACAGCAGUUUUCAAAGAUUCAAAAAAAGUGACGUAAGGAAAGAGGAUUUUAGGUUUUUGUUUGUUUUUCUUUUCAACUUUGCUGUAAGGUUUUUGAAUGUACACCUUCAUGCAUUUUUGCCACUUAAUGUUUAGAUGGAAGGUAAUUGCUGCUUUGUUUUGUAUUUUUAUUUUUUAAAGUUGUUUAACUUGCACUAUAGCGAGGCAGGAACACAUGUGAAGUAGAACAGACCCAGAAAACUAACUUUAUGAUUUCAAUUUGAGCAAAAUAAUCUAUAAAUCCAGCAUCUUGACUGUUUUUUGGUAUUCUUGAACAUCUACGGUGUUAAACAGCCUUUUAUAGCUGAUGAUUAAAGCCUGAUGUUAAAUGUAACUUGAGGAAUACUUGAGUAGACCACAUAGAAACGUUUGUUCAGUUUUUCAUCAAGCCAAGAGCAAAAUCAUACAUACCUUCCAGACUUCUGUGAUAUUUUAUGGUUGUAGAUAAGUAUUUAUAACGCCCAGGUUUUCAGUGUAAAGCCACUUUUUUUGCUAAACAUACAGUUUUUACACCAGGAAAAGUCAAAGUGUAUUGAAAAGCUGUAAGCAAUGAUAAUGGAUGUGGCCGGUUUUGGACAUUAACAUAAUUUUUGCUUUCAGUUGAGGUUGUUCAAUUUUGAAUUACUUUGGAAGAAGUCUUUAAAGGCCACAGCUUGCUUCAAAAGAGCUAGAACUGUUCGACCAUAAAACUCUGGAGGGCAAACAACUUCCCCCUUAUGAAGAACUGCCUUCAGCCUUGAAAUUCAGAUCAGACAUUCAACAUAUUUGCUCAUAUUUUCCCUGUUGGGUUGUUUUGUCUUGCUGUAAUCAUCACAGCAAUUCCUUGCAUCUAUAUUUUGAAAUGUCUGUUUUGUUCAGUAAUGCAACUGCAGUGGUGCUUGAUGGAAGUCAACACUGUUCAUGUCAACUGAAGAACUCUGAAUAUUAGGAAGUAAGAAAUUAUAUUUAAGUGUGUUAUUUAUAUUUGAGUUAACUUUCAAUAAUAGUAAAGCUAUCCUGAUGUCAUUCACACUUGACGUUUCUGUCAGUAUUUUCAAUGGAUGCAGCUUUAUUAUUACUGUUAUUAAAGCAGGACUGUAAUUUUUGUUGCCUUGCCAUGGUGACCACAUGCCCAUACUAGACCAAGUAAGGUUGAAGAGUCAUUUUACAAAGUUGUGAAAAUGGUCCCAGAUAGAUAACAACAGCGUUUCAACAGAUUGAGUUUGAAGUAUACUGAGGCUUAAGGAACACACCACUGGGUUCUUUCUUGCUAACAAAUACAGAAAUUACAGCUGUUGCUUUGUCCAGUUAUUUAACAGUUACAAUUCUGCAUAGGGUGGAUCCAGCACUGUUGAAUAAUUUAUCUAAGGCUAACAUGGAUUUUCCAACACAGGAUUAACUGGCUAACUUGCAUAAUAUAGACUGAGUCCUAGAUGAACUUGAACAGAGAAAUAAAAGUAACAUUUUCCCCAGCUAUUGGUACAAGUGGUUCAUCCCUCUAUUAACGCCUGAACACCUACAUAUAAAGAAUAAAUAGCAGUAUUUGAGGAUAUGAAGCUUUCAAGUGUACAGUAUUCAACAAAAACACGGUCUUAUAAAUUUAGAAACUAUUGACGCUCCACUUUUAAAUGUGAAAGGUUUAUGUUUUUAUUUUUCAUAACUUAAUCUUUAUGUCACUUAAGUGUAUUUAUUGAUGUCAGUUAAAAUGCCCAUUAGAGCUAACAUGCAAAACAAGCUGCUGGUGUUAGCCAGUUAGCAACAUUCAGUAAUAACAAUGCCAAAGUACGUUUUAACUUCUCCUUGCUGCUGUAAAUUAAGCUCACAGGCUUAGAAACUAACGUUGCUUUUUAUAAUUUUAUUUUAUUUUUUUGCUCAGCGACGUUGUGUACUGUGACUAUGACGCGAGUUUACCCGACGGAUAAGGCUAGUUUUGCAUCAAAGUAAGAAUACAGCUAAUGGCUACAGCUACCUUCGAACAAGUUUGAUUGGCUGGCGUUCAAACGACUGCUUUUUAUUUUAACGUUGAUCGAUAAUCGCAGAUCUUAACAGCUAUAAGCAAGUAACAUUGGCAGCCUUUUAUGACUGAUAAAAUAAAACUGAAGCCAUUUGGAGUAAUGUGCUGACAGCAGCCCAUCGUUUCAGAACUUCUCUGCUAUUACCUUUCUAGCUUGUACAAGCUAACUGUCAAAGGUGUGUAGAUAAGGUUGGAAGAUCUCUCUUCUGGAGCCCCUUCAAAGUAAAAUUUUUCAGUUAGUUUAACCUAAUUUAUAUAGUAUAACUAUCUUGUGUAGUGUUCUCAAGUUAUCUUGUUGUAAUAAGAUAAUUAUCUUGUGAGAACAAUACUCUUUGAAAACCACUUAUCUUGGGCCCACUUGCUAAUAUCUUUUGGGAACAAGUUUUUUUUAUGCUGAUUUAAUAAUUAUAUUCUGUGUACAAGAUGGUUUUGUGUGCAAAAGUUAUCUUGUGGUAAGAAGUUGUCUUGUGCAUGCAAGAUUAUUUUGUGCACAUUGAUCAUUAAUAGGAACAAGUCAUUAUCUAGUGCACACAAUAGAAUUAUUUUGUUUUUACAAGCUAUGAAUUUUAACAAACAUUAUUUAAUAAUUAUAUUGUUCACACAUUUUAAAAUGUUCUGUCUAUUUAAAAACAAAACUUCCUUUUUGGGACUUUAGGGGCUCCCUACUUUCUUACUUUGGAGCAAGGGGGAAUUCAAGUUGCAUAAAGAUGAUGGCAACAACAAGUUAUAUUAAGCAACAUGAAAUAGAAUACCAACAUGGAGAAAAUAAAUCUAAGACCAAGUCUAAAUGGUGAUAUAAUACUAACAUAUGUUCUAUUGAAUUCUUUAUUUUGCAAUGGAUUUGGUUAUUUUCGAUUGAACAAUGUAGGGCUCUGUUUGAUAAGUGAUUCCUAUAAUGUAGAGUAACUGAUUGAACAGAUAUUGUUGAAUAUUCUAUUUGAAAGUGAAGUGUGUAUUGUAUGAGCAUCUGAGUGUGUCUUAUCCUGAAGUUUUUUGUCACAGAGUUUUGUUUUUGUUGUGUUUAAGCCAUCGGAUUUUACUGCCAAGUCUGAGGGAUGACGUUUCUUUUCAAUGAUGUGCUACUUUAUUUUUUUAGAUUAUUCAAGUUUUUACUAAUUAAUGUGGUAUUUCAUGGUUGUCUGUAUCAUUUUGUCCACCUGUGUUGUUCCUGAUCAGGGAGGUGUGUGUCUAUCAGGCUGCUCUGUGGGCACUGUGCUUGCUUAUGUGGCUUUGUCAUAACUGCUCAACCUACUGUCAGUGCUUUGGUUUAUUUGAAAUCUAUGCAUCCGCUCGUUUUCUGAGAUAUUAUAUGUAAAUGUGCACAGCCUCAAACACACUGCUGUGAGAUCAAACUGUCUCCCUUUUGACAUCUUUAUAUCUUGAACUGCUUCCCAGAAAGAUCUAACUUACAUGGACACUUGAAGUGGAUCUGAAGUUCCUGUGGAGUUGCAGAUCCAGUGAUCAGGAGCAGACAUGGAUGAGUCCAACUCUUCUAUGAAACGGUAGAGGACAGUGUAAAUACUGAGGAUGCACCAAAAACAGGUGUUAUUUUGUUGACCUUGAUGGUUUUGGGAAAUGCUGUACUGUACAUUUGCAAAGGGUCACUCUGCUGCAACCCUCAGUUAUAAUGUUUACUGUACUCUUUGAUAUCUAUCUAUUGGAAAGGUUAAAUAUAUUUCUAGGGUGGAAUUUGGAUUUUAUGCAAAAUGUUGAUCUUUUUUUCCUGUAAUUAAAAGCAAUAAAUACAAAAAACUGAGAGUGAA